AUGGACAGUGCUGUGGAAGCCAACCUGGGCGCUGCUGGCCACGGUCCCCGCACAGAGCUCAGCGACGAAGACUACUACCCUCAGGGCAGCUGGGACACAGUCUUUCUGGUGGCCUUGCUGCUCCUGGGACUGCCAGCCAAUGGGUUGAUGGCAUGGCUGGCUGGCUCACAGGCCCGGCACGGGGCUGGCACAAGAUUGGCCUUGCUCCUGCUCAGCUUGGCCCUCUCUGACUUCUUAUUCCUGGCAGCAGCAACUUUCCAAAUCCUGGAAAUCCAGCAUGGAGGGCAUUGGCCACUGAGCACUGCCGCCUGCCGCUUCUACUACUUCCUGUGGGGUGUGUCGUAUUCCUCCGGCCUCUUCCUAUUGACAGCGCUCAGCCUGGACCGCUGCUUGCUGGCACUGUGCCCACGAUGGUACCCUGGGCGCCGUCCAGCCCGCCUGCCCCUCUGGGUGUGCGCUGGCGUCUGGGUGCUGGCCACACUCUUUAGUGUGCCCUGGUUGGUCUUCCCUGAGGCUGCUGUCUGGUGGUAUGAUCUGGUUAUCUGCCUGGACUUCUGGGACACAGAGGAGCUGCCUCUGCGGAUGCUUGAGAUCUUGGGGGGCUUCCUGCCUUUCCUCUUGCUGCUGGUCUGCCAUGUGCUCACCCAAGCCACUGCUUGCAGGACCUGUUGUGGACAUCAGCCUAGGCGCAUGGCGUGCCACGGCUUUGCCCGUGUGGCCAAGACCAUUUUGUCAGCCUAUGUGGUCCUGAGGCUACCUUACCAGCUGGCGCAGCUGCUCUAUCUGGCUUUCUUAUGGGAUGUCUACCCUGGGUACCUGCUCUGGGAAGCCCUGGUCUAUUCUGACUACCUGAUCCUGCUUAACAGCUGCCUGAGCCCCUUCCUGUGCCUGGCGGCCAGCGCUGACCUCCGGGCCCUGCUGCGCACCGUGCUCUCCUCCUUUGCGGCCGCCGUCUGCGAGGAACGACCUGGAAGCUUCACACCUGCUGAGACCCAGGUGGCCUCUGAGGGCUUGACUCUGCCAGGACCAACAUCUGAAGGCCAGUCAAGGUUGGAUCCUGUGGUCCAGCCUCAAGUGAACCCUUCUGUCCAGCCACAGUCAGAUUCUGUGGUCCAGCCUAUGGUGGGCUCCCUGAUCCAGCCUCCGUUGGAUACUGUGGUUCAGCUUGAGGUGAACCCUCUGGCCCAGCCACAGCUGGAUCCCAUGGCUCAACCUCAAGUGAACCCCUCAGCCCAACCACAGUCAAAGUCUGUGGUCCAGCCUCAAGUGGACCCCCUGACCCAGCCACAGUUGGAUCCUGUAGUCCAGCCACAGUCAAGCCCAGAGGCCCCGAUCCCUGCCUGUGGGGACGAGUCAGCCUCUAACCCUGGUGAGGAAAACUCCCCUGGCCCAUGCCCAGAUCCCAUUCCUGGGGCCCCUGAGAACCUAGACAGACCAGCUGUUCCCCAGGAAGAAAGCCCUAACAAUGUCCUCCCAAAAGAAGCCCCCAGUGCAGGACCUACUUGA